AUGUGUGCAUGCAAUGACAAGCACGGAAUACUUGUGCUGCAGUUGCAGAGAGUGCUGUGCUGGUACUUGAUUGUGAGUGGCAACGGCCCGCGUGGAAUACCAAAACAUCGUGGGGAGCAUCACACCUGCGGCACUCUGCGCAUGCAAGUACACGAGAACUGUGCGGCAUUCACUCGCGGGGCCGCACCUCCCGAAUGGCUCUCUGGCCUGAUCGACCGGUGCAUGGAAUUCCUUGCAGGCAUGAAUCAUCACGCCGCCCACGUCCGUGCCUUGCUGGUGCGCGGCCUGCCUGCUCCGUACCUCCUGGUGCCGCCGACAGGUAGCUGGGCUGGUGCUCGCUCACGGCGGCGGCAUGGUGUUGGGGGGGAAAGCAUCGAAUCAACCGCCAGCCGUCGUCAUCCUCGCAACCUUGCACCUCUCCUCCUCCCGUUGAGGCAGAUUCUCGACGCCGCCGUCUUCGCCAUCGCCUUCCACCGCCUCGUCGUGCCGUUGGCCCGUGUCGACUCCCUCGCCUUGCCGGCCGCCGCUUCGACGUCGCUUCAGCCUCCGUCGCCGUCUCUCACCGGCGUCUCGUUUGCCUCCUCGCCCUGGACCCGUCACCCUCUCCGCCGUCCCUCCUUGUCGGUCGACUCGACGGCGGCAAAGCCUCCACCUCUCCUGAUCCGGCCGGCCUCGCCUCGCCCCGUCUCGUCCGCCCUCCGAUGUGGAAAAAUCGGACAUCACGCCAGACUGCCGAGUGAACGACCGGGACCUGGAGAGAGGCAGCCACCUAGAGAGCGGCAGCCUUGCCCGUUCGUCGUGACGCUGGAGGACGCGGUUAACCGACGCGGCGUACCGCCCUGGUGGUUCGUUGCUCCUCCAGGGCUGGGCCUUUCGAACCUUCCGGCCAGCUCCCGCGGCACCUUGGUGGCCAGGUCGUCGUCCUCGACGGCCUACCCCGGCCCCCGCCAUGGUCUACUGUGGCAAGCCCUCGAGGGGCUGUCAGAUGUGCAGAACGCGCAGGAUCAAGGUAGACAGCCUCUCCCCUCCGUCGCCUUCGUGCCGGCACGGACGUGCCCGGGCUACCGGAACGAAUUCGAUCUCGUCUUUCGAAACGAGACGCUCGCGACGGAGAAGCGAGCGAGAAAGGCCGGGAGCAAGGCCCUGGCACGCGCGAACGGCAAGGCGCCCGCCUCGGCCGUCGGCCCCGGCCCGUCGUGGGCGUGUCCGCCUUCGUCCUCGUCGACGGAUGGCUGGCUGAUUUCGCCGUCCCCUCGAGUCCCCGUCGAGAACCGAGCGACGUGCCACUUCAUCUCCAAUUUCGUUCUCCUUCCCUCUCACGGCAGCGUCCGCGGCUUCAUGGAAUUUCUCAUUCCCCUUUUGAAGAUGGAGCACCUUCCCCGGCACUUCACCUACGCCUUCGACGCGUGCGCCCUCGCCUCGCUCAACAAUCGCGUCGGCGCCGGCAGCGACCUGGACAAGGAAGCGCUGGGAAGGUACACAAAGGCCUUGUCGGCGACCAACCUCGCGCUCCGAGACCCGGCCGUCGCGAGGCUCGACGCCACCUUGGCCUCCGUCUUGCUGCUCGGCCUCUUCGAGAGCAUAGCGGCCCGCCAGUUCGGCACCCUCGCUUGGGGCACGCACAUCGAGGGCGCCAUCGAGCUCGUCAAGGCCCGCGGUCGGAAGCAGCUGCGCACCAAGCUUGGAUUGCUCAUGUUCAUCGCCGUGCGAACCCAGAUGGUCCGUUCAGCGCGCCGCCCUCUACCGUUUUCGCUCGUCCAGCCCGACCGUGAUGCUUCGCGCGAGCCGCACAUCGUCUACAGCAUCACCACGUCCAAGGCGCCCGUCAUGGGCGGCGAUUGGUGGAUGAACGACACCGUCAGGGACCGCCACGCGGCCGAAUGUCAACGGCUCAACAUUGGCGUCGGCGAGCUUCGAGCCGAGGCGAAUCGCCUUCUCACCUCGGCGAGCUGGUCCGACGAGCACGUCCAAGUGGUGCUUGACAUGAUCAGGAGGUGCCAGGCCCACGACCUGGCCUGUGCCAACUGGUCCAAGACGCUCCCCGAUUCCUUUCGGUGGAGGACGGUCGGCUGGGAGGACCAUGUUCCCAACGGCAACUACCUCGUCGCCGACGUCUAUCCGGGCCGCGUCGAUGCCUAUCCGGGCCUCUGGGUCGCCAGCGUCUGGAACAUGAUGCGCUGCUCGCGCAUCGUUCUGGCGUCCAUCAUCGUGCGCUGCGUCGCCUGGACCUCGUCGCCGGUCGACUACCGAACGACGCCCGAGUACGCCACGGCCGCCCGCACAUGCGUCGACACCAUCACCGACAUUGUCGCAUCCGUUCCCUACCAGCUCGGUUGGUUCUCGAAGCGCAGGCAUCUGCUCGACGGCGUCAAGGUCUCCAGCUUCGCAUGCGGCGAGGAGGAUUCCCCAAAGGGCCUGGGCGGCUACUUCAUGACCUGGCCUCUGGCCGUCAUCCACACCCAGGAUUACACCACGGACUCGCAGCGCACCUGGAUCCGGGGACGUUUCGAGUACAUUGGCCAUCAGCUGGGCGUCAGAUCCGCCAACCCCUUGACCGAGCUGAACUAUCGACUUCCGUCCAUGCUCAUCCGCAGAGAUGGUUUGAUGACCGACCGACCGCCCUCGUUCCAUGAUUUGGACAAGGUGCCGUCCGGUGCUGCCUUCUCGACGAGCCUUCCGCAGCGACCGGAGGCACCGCAUCGGAGGGCACCGCCGCGUUAG